UGUUUACUAACAUAUAUGCGUGGUCACCUUAUAGCAUUUAAUUGAUAUGGCAAGGUUGUUGUUAAAAUUGUUAAUUAACAUUAUACAGUAUCAAAUAGUUUUUAUAAGUUUGAAUUCCGCGACAAUAGUCUCCGGUUUAUUUGACUUCUCCAACGUUCCAGAAUUUUUUUCCAUUGUACAACUUGGGACAUUCGGGUACCGCACAAAGUUUGCCUGAUGCUAGAACAGAAAGGACGCGCUGCAGUAAAGAAUGUUCACGUAUGCGUGUUUUGUCACGAUAACACGGGUGUGAACGCAACGCUGUGACGAUAUGGAGUCAAGUCGCUCUCCUGGAAUGGAAACCAAGUGCGAAAGGGAACAUCAUGACAGAUGCAGAGGUGUCAUCGCAAAGCGGCGGCUACGACGUGGAGCAAUUUGUGGACACCCCGGACUACGACCUCAUCUGUACCAUAUGCCAGGGGGUCCUGCGAUGUCCCGUUCGAGCGGCGUGCCACCACAUCUUCUGCAAGAAAUGUAUUUUGCAGUGGCUCAAGAGACAGGAGACCUGCCCGUGCUGCCGAAAGCCAAUUAACUCAUGCAUGAUCUUCGUCAUGUUCAAACUGAGCAAGUCCAUAGGACGCAUGAAGGUGAAGUGUAAGAAUGAGAUCCGAGGCUGCAAGGCCACAUUUUCCCUCUCAGAACAGUACUGCCACAGCCUGAGCUGCUUGUUCGAGCUGGUCCCCUGCCCGUAUCCUGGGUGCCGGGCGCAGCUCCUCCGUCGUGACCUGGAGACCCACGCCCACCACUGCGAGCACUGGCGCCAGCCAUGCCGUAUGGGCUGCGGCACGGUGCUCUCUCACCGCACGCGGGAUCAGCACAACUGCUACCUGCAGCUCAAGCAGCAGUACCAAGCCAAGAGCAGAAACCACGCCGCUAUCGCCGCCGCCCUGCAGAGGAAGAUGAGAAGGAUGCAGAACGCCAUGGCGCACAUGAAGAGGCAAAUAGGGCUGAUAUGUGAGAGUCUGCAGGCCAUGGACGAGCUGCAUAAGGUGGAUGAGGACUUGGGUGAGGGAAGCUCCAGAACCACACAGUCGAGACUUAGCAGUGUGGGCUGACGUCGUGUUUCUAAAGUUGUUCAUUUCAUUGAUGUUGUGUGUUGUGAUGUGCUGGUAGGUUGAUGAUCACAUUAACUGGAGUGGAUUUGUAACAUUGUUGCUGUUUGAAAUUGUCAAUUUAAAAAAAAAGAUUGCUAAAUGGAUGACUGUUGUUCCUGGAAUUAAAUUGGAAAGUAACAGAUGUUAUAGCUUUGUAGGACAAGAGACUGUUUUUGGUAAUUUAAAAAAAAAAAAAAAAAAACACCGCAUAAAGACCUGAUUUCCACAUACGUGGACAGCACACUUUGGGUCACGUAGGCCAAAAUAUUAACAUAUUAACAUGACCCAAAAUGUGAUUAUUUAUGAAGUGCCCACUCUAUACCCACUUACAAAUAUUUCUUUGCAAUAAUUUUGCACAAAGCUUACAGAAAAAAAUAUGGUCAGAUUUGAAUUCAGCACCCCAAACUUACAUGAGAAGAAGCGUUUGCAUCAAUGCAACAAUUUUUGUUGUUGACCAGUGUACCGUAAUUUAUGGACUAUAAAGCACAAUGGGUUGUGAACCGCACCGGCCAAAUUUCAGAAAAAUUUAGAAAUAAAUCCAAAUAUAUGCCCUAUCUGACUAUAAACCGCAGGUGUCCAUGUCUCAACAUUGGAUAUUUACAUAGAUGUUACACAAAAAUUUUUGAACAAAAAUAUCUUCAUUACCUAAAUACACACGCAUCAACUCGUAUUGUCUGAAUGCAUAAAAGCAAACUUUGGAAAAAAGGUCACAACAAAGAUAUAUGAUCCACUUUACCUUGCCUUCUAAACUUAAAAGUGGAUGAAAUCCUCUUUAAAACUGUUAACGGCUAGCACUAGCCCUUAUAUAGCAGCUUUGUUGUUAAAUACUUUUGCAAUAAAGUCUUCCAAGUGCCAGUUGAAAACGGCUAAUCAACGCUAGCAUUGCAUUCUUUUGUUGUAGCAAAUAGUGGAUACCCAUUCAUUUAAAAUUGUUCUU